AUGUCCGCACCACCGCAACAGAAUGGCUUCCUGGAGGAGCUCAAGUCCGCCGAGGCGGAGAUGAGGGAUCGAAUGAUGAAAUACACGGCAGCCUGGCAAGCGGGAGAUUUGGACACUAUCAUGUCAUACUUUGUUGACGAGGGCCUGGAUUACUCGGAUUACGGAAUCAUGGCCCUGCAUAUGGACAAGAAGGCGCUCACAGAGGCGUUCAAGCAGAUGGCAACUCUGUUCGGAGACAUGAAGCUCGAGACGACCUCGGUCCGCGGCGCCGUCGACUUUUGCGUAUGGGAAUGCGUAUUCGAGUUCACGCUCAAGGAGGAUAUGCCGGGGGUCCCGUACCAGAAGGGCGAGCGAUGCAAGCUGUUCAGUGCGAGCACGAUUGAGUGGAACGCCGAAGGCAAGAUUGUCAAGGAGAGGGAUUAUGCAGUGUGGGCAAAGCCGGCUGUGAAGCAUGGGUAG